CGAGUCACCCGAGUGGAGAAGACAGGCCCGGGUGGGACGCCACUCGGGCGAUGCUGCUGGCGGUAACGUUCCCACCCUCGCACUCCGAGUCGGAGUGUGCACCCCCCCUAUUUCACCGACCUAGGGCUAGGGUAACACGAUCCAGGCAGGCUCUCUCCCCUCUCCGUCCGUCGUCUCCUCUCCCCCUCCCCUCCCCUCGCACCCUAAUCGCCUCGCCUCCUCUCGCUCUCUAUUCUGUCGCUCUGGAUCAGGGGCGGAGGAAGAAGCGACUCUAAGUGACCGCCUCUCUGGAUCAUCGUCGCCCAAUCGGAUACGUCUCUCCCUCUCCCCCCCUCUCUCUCGCGUUCCCUCGUUCGUUCGUUCCCACAACGUGGAAAUCGUAUCGCAAAAUCGGAACUUUUUAGGGUUUUUUCUUUCUUUUGGAUCUGCUGUUCCGUUCCCAUCCAUCUCGUCCCAGGGUUUCUUUCUUUCUUUCUCUGACGGAUCGAAGCCCUCCCCCCCCUCCCCUCUUGUAUGCAAUCCGAGGAGGAUGCUUUCGGUUCUGAAGGCAAACGGAUCGCUUUCUAGGGUUUCGUUGCUCGCGCUCUAAGGAAUCGGAGGGAACAGGUCUCAUAGCCGAGGGGGCAUGAAGGAGAUUAGCAUUGCUGAAGAGAGGGCGGAUCGGGGAUCCGAAGAGGCCACGACGAGAGAUAGCGAUGCGCUGGUCGGUGGUUAUGUGGGCAAGGAUUUAUCUGGACCCAGGAGGGCCCUACUGGGGAAGGUCGCAUCCUACGACGGCGGCAGAAGAACGUACGGCGUCGUGUACGAGGAUGGGCAUCGCGAAGAUUUGGAUCAUCAGCAGGUCUGCAAGAUCCUCAUAGUCGAAGACGGGGGAUCGAAUAUGAAGCUGAGCCGCAGGAAGAGGAAGCUGGACCAGUUGGCCUCCUCGGGCCCUGGAGACUUGAUGCGGCCGAACACGAGGUCUAGGAAGAAUGCAUCUGAUGUCUCGGAUGGAGCCGAUACCCCUUCGGCUAGCAGGUUAGACUCUGACCUAUCUGAGGACGCCGACUCUUCCAGCGAUUCUUGUGACUAUGCCCGUGCUCGGGCCUCUGUGUCAUCCCAGGAGAUCCGGAUGCUGCCUCUGCCUCCAUCCUCUGGGGAUAUUGCUGUUCCCGAGGAAGCGAUCAGUUAUUUAUUCUCUGUGUACAAUUUCUUAAGAUCGUUCAGCGUCCAAUUGUUUCUGAGUCCCUUUGGAUUUGAUGAUUUUGUGGGCUCGCUCAACUGCAAUGCCCAGAAUUCGUUAAUGGAUGCCAUCCAUGUCUCCCUCAUGCGGGCUCUGAGGCAACAUCUUCAAAUGCUUUCGUCCGAGGGCUCGGAGCUAGCCUCAAAAUGCUUAAGACAUCAAGAUUGGACCUUGCUCGAUGCAUUAACUUGGCCAGUUUUCUUAAUGGAGUACCUCUACACAAUGAGAUACAUGAAAGGCCUUGAUGGGAAGGGAUUUAGUACCGCUCUUUCAGAAAGAGAAUAUUAUGAGCUUCCUGUGGUCAUGAAACUCAAAAUUCUGCAAAUAUUGUGCGAUGAUGUCAUAGAUUCUGCAGAGCUAAGAACUGAACUAGAAACACGGGAAAAUGUGGAAGAAGAUAUAGAAUAUGGCAUUGGUGUCAGCGUUCCUCCAGAGAGCAGGCCAAGGAGGGUGCAUCCCAGAUAUUCCAAGACUUCAGCUUGCAAGAGUAUAGAAGCUUUGGAAAAAUCUGUUGAACCAAGCAUACAAAUUCCAAGCUCUAAAGUUAAAGCAGAACCAUAUUCGGAUGCAUCAGUUGCUGCUCUGGAUGGAAAUAGUGAUGAAUGCAGGCUUUGUGGUAUGGAUGGGACUCUGAUUUGCUGUGAUGGAUGCCCCUCAGCAUACCAUUCAAGAUGCAUAGGCCUGAGCAAAGCAUUUCUACCUGAAGGGGUGUGGUACUGUCCAGAGUGCAUGAUCGACAAGCUUGGCCCUACAACUUCCAGAAUAGGAAGGGGAGUAAGAGGAGCUGAGAUCUUUGGCAUCGACAUGUAUGGGCAGAUGUUUCUGGGAACCUGCAAUUAUUUGCUUGUGUCUGGGACGUCAUUAGAUUCAGAGCCAUUUUCUAGAUACUACAAUAAGUGCGAUGUCACCAAGGUCCUCAAUGUGAUUUGUUCGACAGAAGAAAAUGCAUCACUGUAUGCUGAUAUCUGCGAGGGCAUAUUAAAAUAUUGGGAGUUCCCACCAUCCAGUUUGCAUGGAAAAACUGAACCCAUCAGCAAUCCACUGACUGACAGGGAACCUAUAACAUGUCACUUUCCACUCUCCAAAAGCUCAGUUAACAAAACUGUUAAUUUCAUUAGUGAUGCAGAAGGAGAGAACUGUGCUAUCAAGAAAACAGAUAGCAAUGCAGACAGUAAUGCAAGUUUAAGUCGGAAUAAUGAAUGCAAUGAAGCCAGGAUCAAUGGCUUUGCAUUGAACUUGGUGGAGCAGCCCAACUUUCCAGUGAAGCCAAAAUAUGAUUUGGCAAAUGCUGAAAUGUCUGUCAAGAAGACACUAGAUACUUCUGAUAAAACAUUGGUACCUCCGAAAGAUGAACAAUUUACGUCUGAAAAUGCUCCUCUGGCAAUCCAAAAGGUUUUCUCAGUUAUUCAAACAAAGACCACUGAGCAAUUUGGUAAUGGAUCUGUUCCAACUGAUGUGUCUUACUCAAACCAACCAAUUUCUGCUGAAAGAUCAACAUUGCAAGACAGGAAUUGUGCUUCAGUAAAUAAGAAUGGAAUAUGCAGGGAAGAUGCUGGUUGCUCUGUUUAUUCAACAAAGAAUGAUUCUCUGAGUAUAUCUUAUGAAAGCAAAGGGAGUCAAAUUAAUGGUGAGAAAUUCAGAACUCUAAGUGACAGGAGCUCAAGUAAUUUAGCUUUCUUCAAGGCCCAGGGUUAUGUGAACCAGUAUAUUCAAGGUGAUGUUGCUGCAUCAGCAGCUGCUGGUCUGGCUGUUCUCACAUCUGAAGAGAGUAAAGAUCUGGAAGCUCAUGCUUCUUCUAAUCCUAGGAAAACGGUGGCUGCAAACAUUGCUCUGCAAAUAAAAGCAUUUUCUGGAGCGACCAUUCAGUUUCUGUGGCCAAAUCCGGAGAAAAAGCUCAUGGAGGUUCCAAGAGAAAGAUGUGGCUGGUGCAUUGCAUGCAAAGGUGCAAAUACAAAUAAAAAGGGGUGCUUGCUAAAUUUAGCUGCCAUCAAUGCCAUUAAAGGAUCUGCAAGAAAUGUUAGUGGGCUUCGUCCAAUUAAGCAUGAUGACAGCCACUUUCCUAUAAUUGCUGCACAUAUUGCAAACAUGGAGGAGAGUUUGCGUGGUCUAGUAGUUGGUCGAUUGUCUGAUGCAGAAUAUAACCAACAGUGGCGUAAACAACUACGAGAGGCUUCCAGCUGCCGGGUCCUAAAAUUCUCAUUACUCGAGCUUGAAAAGUGUAUUCGUGGGAUUGCUUUUUCUGGAAGUUGGUUUAAGCUGGUGGAUGAUUGGUCAGUUGAGUUAUCUGCAGCAUUGGCUGGUGUAUCACGCAUUGGAUCAAAUCAAAAACGUGGGCCUGCUGGGAGGCGGAAUAAGCGACAAUCCUUUGCAUCUGAAUCCGCACCGCUGUCAUCUGAUGAUAGCUGGAAGGAUGUGCAAUGGUGGCGAGGAGGAAAGCUUUUGAAGGUUGUUUUCCAGAAGGCAUCUCUUCUGAGUGCACUAGUCAGGAAAGCAGCUCGUCAAGGUGGUAUUAGAAGGAUAUCUGAUAUUUCUUAUCCUGAAAGUUCUGAGUUUCCUAGAAGAAACCGACAAUCUGCUUGGAGAGCUUCUGUAGAAAUGAGUAAGAAUGCAUCUCAGCUUGCUCUUCAGGUCAGGUAUCUUGAUGCUCAUAUAAGGUGGAAGGACCUUGUUCGUCCUGAGCAAAUCCUUUUGGAUGGGAAAAGUUCAGAUGCUGAUGGCGCUGUUUUUAGGAAUGCAGUCAUAUGCGAUAAAAGGAUUGUUGAAAAUAAGAUGAUAUAUGCAGUUACAUUUUCCAAUCAGAAGCAUCUUCCCUUGCGUGUAACAAAAAAUAUUCUAGAAGCAGAGAAUAUCCAGGAUGAGAAUGGCAAGUUGUGGUUCUCAGAAAAUCAUAUUCCACUGUAUUUGAUAAAGGAAUUUGAAGUGAGAGUUGGUGUCACACCUUCACCUUGCUCGACGAUGUUAAACUCACAUUAUUUGCUGAAGUUUCAGAAAAGACAACUGGAAACAUGUCGCAAAGAUAUUUUCUUGUAUCUCUUGCGCAAGGGGGAGAAACCCAGCAAGUGUUCAUGUGCAUCAUGUAAACGUGAUGUUCUUCUAAGGGAUUCUGUCAGAUGCAGUUCUUGUCAAGGUAAUUGCCACACAUAUUGCUCGAUAUCUUCAGUUGCUGACAAGAUUGCUGAUCCAGGCUCUAAUUUUACAUGCAAAUUAUGUUAUCAUACUAAAUCUGCUACACUCAAUACAAGUCGAAAGGAGAUUCUGGACAACCAUUUGCCCUCUCAGAAGCAAAAUCCUUUAGUGGCGGGUCCCAAAAUCAGGCUUCAGAUUGGGUUUCCUCCUGCUGCACAAUCAGUUGGUGCAGCAGAAGCUCAUCCAGAAAGGAGGCCUUUAGCUUCUGGUUCUAAUUCAGAAUGCAAAGCUAAACGUAGUGGAACAUGGCAGUCAUGUGGUCUUAUAUGGAAGCGGAAGAAGGGCGAUGAGUCUGGCCAGGAUUUCAGGGCCAAAAAUAUUAUUCUGAAAAGCAAGGAGGGCAUGAAUCCUUCAAAAAAACCGAUUUGUUGCCUCUGCAAUAGGUCUUACCGUUCAGAUCUGAUGUAUAUCUGCUGUGAGAAAUGCCAAAAUUGGUAUCAUGCAGAUGCUUUACAACUUGAGGAAGCCCAAAUUUUCAAUUUGUUAGGGUUCAAGUGCAACAAGUGCCGGAGGAAAGGCUCACCAAAGUGUCCCUAUGUAGAUCCAGAUUACAAGAAGCCAGAACCAGAACCAUUGAAUAACGGAAAUUCAAACAAAGGGACUGCAUCUGAUCUCCCUAAAAUAGCACAUAUUACUACCCUGGAUUCACUCCCGGGAGAGGAAGAUUUGGUUGCUGUGAAUGAUGAUCCCCUGCUUUAUUCUUUCGGAAGAGUUGAGCCAAUUGUGGAGCAAACACUGGAAACUGAAAUCCAACUGAAUGGAUCUGGAUUGUUGUCCCGAAGCCAGGAAAAGUUGUCUGUCAGAAGGCCUCAAGCAAAGCAUGGAGCUAAUGAUGGGUUUUAUGCACCUCCAAAUGCCGACCCUAAUUGCACUACAUAUUCUAAGAGCUGGUGUGUAGGAAGAAACAAUGUGCCAUGUAGAGCAGCUAGAAAUGAACUACCUGCAACCAACGAAGCAAACUUCAUGAGUGUUUCUGAGAAAGAAUCAUCCCCUCUAAUCGGAUGUGAUUUUUCGAAGGGUAGUGAUUAUGGAGAUGUGGCUUUUGACAAUGCCGACAUUAAUUACCAGUGGCAUGAUCCAGAAGGUGGGAACUUUGACGGUAUGGAGUAUGAACCACAGACAUAUUUCUCAUUCACGGAGCUGUUGGCAUCUGAGGAUGGGGAUGAUCAGUAUGAUAUGCCUAUGGAUGCACCAGAGGACGGGUGCCCCCCCGGCCGUUUUGAUGAAUUUGGGACUGCUUAUCAGGAAGCAUCUCCCUGCAAUUUAUCAGCAGUGCAUGAGGUGGGGUCUGGGAAUGCCUACUUCACUGCCAGUGAGGCUGCAUUUGAUGGUGUGGAAUGUCAAAAGUGCAAGCUCAACGAGCCAUCUCCGGAUCUCACAUGUGACAUCUGUGGGCUGCGGAUACAUUCACAUUGUUCGCCUUGGGUUGAGAGCGAGGAGUCUUCCGGAGACGCCAAUUGGAGAUGUGGUGGUUGCCGGGAAUGGAGGUAGUCUAAGAUCUUUGGUUUUUGCGGUUCAAGUUCUACGAAUGCGGUUUCUGUUGAUUUCGCCAGCAUGUGAAUCCAGGAUACGUUGAGGGAGCCAAGUUGGGAUCGUUGCAGAGUCUUGGUAAAAGCAAGGCCUUUAGGGAAGGGAAGCAGCUGGGCUGCUCGUUGUCAAUUUUCCAACCGGUGGUACCCUGCUGUGAAUUGGCUCGUGGAGGCGCAGCUCAUGCGCAGUUUGAAUCUCCAUGUUUCUGAUGUUCAGCUGUGAGCACCGGUCGAUUGCUUUUAACCAUGGAAUUGGUUCAGUAUGAUGCUGGCAACGUAAGCAAUCAGACAUUAGAAAUUGUUGAACUGUAUAUAAGAGGGUGAAGGGUAAUCGCCCUUUUCAGAGGUAUUCAAACUUUGAUAGAAUCAAUCAACAUACUUGGUUUUGAUUUA